AUGCUGGCUGCUGUCGACAGGGUCUGCGCUGGUGUGACCACAUGUGCUUAUGUAAGGGUAGAGAAUCCAGUGACAGAUGGGAUUUAUGGAGAGAAUUCUUCUUGUGCAGGAAGAGCAUUAAGGAAUAUUAUUAUCGUUCAAGCAGCUGACCUGGUAAAGGACAGAGUGAAUCUCAAGGGGUUUUACAGGAGAAGCUGCGUGGGGUCAGAGCUGGUUGAUUGGCUCCUGGAACACUGUCCUUUUGUCCAGUGUAGAUCUAUGGCCAUUGGGGUCUGGCAGCUCCUACUGGAUAUGGGGAUUAUGUCAUCAGUGGACCAACAUCUAUACUUCCAAGAUAAUUAUGUUUUCUACCAGUUUUCUUCGGAUGAAUGCAGCUACCUGUACUGUGAAUUUGAAAGAGAGGAAGAGUGGCAAAAGGGAGUGAAGCUUUUGCUGGAGCUUGUGCAUCUCAUUCCUGCGAGAGCUGGCAUCUGUGACCUGUCUCAUCAGAAAGCAGAAGACUCGGAAGAAAGCAGCGAUGAAAUUCUUGCUCGGCUAACAUCUGCGGAUAAUGUGGCUUUGGAGGGCGUAGGCUACUUCUUCCAUGAACUGGCCGAGGAGAAGAGCGAGGGCACCAAGCGUCUCCUCAAGUUGCAGAACGAUUGCGGGCCCCGUGCAUUCUUCCAGGAUGUGCAGAAGCCAUCUCAAGAUGAAUGGGGUAAAACCUAG